AAAUAAAGGUUAAAUAAAUUUUUCGAAAUCAUUUAGAUUUCAAUUUAAAAAAUUAAGGGAUGAAAAAAUAAGUUUUAAAUAAUAGGAAUUAUUUUGAAAAGUCCAAAUCAUUUUAGUCUCUGUGUACCAGUCAAAAUCAGUCACUUUUCCAUUGACAAAUUUUUUCUAAAAUUUAACUCAAAAUAGUACACUUUUUUGCUCCCUCAGAUCUGAGCUCGAGUACAAAAUAGCGUAAGUAGCUUGUUUGAACUUGUCUGUAUAGCACACACGAGGAGUUUAAGGUGAAAAGAAAACGGUAAAAAAAAAAAACAAAAAGAGAAGCAGAAGACGCUUUCUCUACUUUCUUCUUCCUCACUUGUUAAACAAAGCUGCGGUUCUCGGCUUUAUGGCGGAUGCUUUGGAGAAGGAUGGAAAGGUUGAUGUGGGAGAAGAAGAGAAUGAAUGGGCAGAUUAUGAUGCAGAGUUCAAACCUAUUGAGCAUCCAAUGGAGCCCUUAGAAGAAGAUCAGCCUGUAAAGUGUCCUAUGCCCGAUUCCUCUCUACUCAAUGAAGGAAAGCAUACAUUGAAGGAGGCAUUGGGAGAGGAAUUUCUAAGCAUGGAAGAACCAUUACAAGAUAAUGAAGAAAGCAUCCCGCUGCAAGCAGAUCGCAAGAGGCAUCAUAAAAUUCAUCAGGAUUCUUCCAUCCAGCCACCCUUUUGGGGUUCUCAGUACAAUAUAUUUCAGGUUUUCCAGCAAUGUAAAGAUUUUUCAUCUUGAUUUUCCUGAACUUCAUCAAGAGAUUAUAUAAACUCUCCUAUAAAACAUUGUUUUCUACUCUCUAUAUGAGCUUUUCACCUUCCACUUAUAAGACCUAGUGAGGACUUUCAUGACGGUACUGAUUCGACUAUAAAGUUUGGUCAUUUGGAGACAAAAAGACUUGCAAGUUGAUUUGUAGUGAGAGACAGCUGGUCUUCUUCAAUGCAGUGGGUGCUUCGUGUUAGAUGCUCUCGCUUUUUCCCCACUUGCAGGCAUUGGUAGCUUCAACUUUUGUGUACCAUUUAUAUUAGAUUUAUUAUUAUUUUUAUUAUUAA